AUGGUCAACUUCAAUCGCCUCGCCUGCGCCCUGGCUGUCGCCAGCUUCGCCUCUGCCCAAUCCUUCGGAGGCGCUGCCCCUAGCGGACCUCCCCCCAGCGGCGUUGCACCUCCUCGCCCAUCUGGCACUGGCAAGCCCACAGGGCCUCCGCCAUCAGGCGCGCCACCUGCUCAAUCUGGCGCUGCACAGAACGCUCGUCGCCAGCAAUCUGACCUUCCUCCUCCGCCGAGCGGCACGGAGCAUCCUACUGGACCCCCUCCGUCCGGCACUCCUCCUCCUCCCCCUUCGGGCACUGGCAAGCCUACCGGUCCUCCACCAUCGGGCGCGCCCCCGGCUCAAUCUGGUGCUGCGCAGAAUAAUGCUCGUCGUCAAGAGUCUGACCUUCCCCCUGCCCCAAGCGGCACUGAUCGCCCCACUGGACCUCCUCCGUCUGGCACUCCUCCUCCCCCUCCGUCAGGCACUGGAAGGCCCACUGGUCCGCCUCCAUCAGGCGCUCCUCCCGCGCCCUCAGGUGCUGCCAACGGCAAUGCUCGCCGCCAGGACGCUUCUGCUCCUCCCCAAGCUUCUGGUUCCCCUCCUCCUAUGCCUUCCGGCACGCGUCCCUCUGGCCCACCUCCAUCCGGACUCCCCUCUGGUGUAAAGCCUACCGGCCCUCCUCCAUCGGAUGCCCCUCCCGCCCCAACUGACGCUGCCAAUGCUCGUCGCCAGGACGCUUCUGCUCCCGCUCAGCCCUCCGGCUCGCCUCCCACCAAGCCCUCUGGUGCUCGUCCCUCCGGCCCACCUCCGUCUGAUCUCCCCUCUGGUAUGAAGCCUACCGGCCCUCCUCCAUCGGGCGCACCUGCUGCCCCAUCUGAUGCUGUCAACAACAACGCUCGUCGCCAGGAUGCUUCUGCUCCCGCUCAGCCCUCCGGCUCGCUCCCUCCCAAGCCUUCUGGUGCACGUCCCUCUGGCCCACCGCCUUCUGGUGCUCCCACCGGGUCCCCAUCUGGACCAGCCCCGACCGGACCCGUUCCCACUGGACAGCCUCCUGCUCCUUCGGGCUUUGUCACCAGCGUCCGCGCCUAG